AUGCCUCUCUUCGAUGUAUCCGGCUGGUCCCUCCCAGAAGCGCCUAUAGCAGAAUCCCCAACGAGCUCAUCCAACUCUCGAAAACGGAAACGACCAGACAGCGAUGCAAGUUCUGAGAAAAAGAUUCGCUCUGAAGUCAACCUCGAGAAAAUUGUCAAAACAUUGACUGGAAAAUCAACGGCUGGCUCCAAGAAGCAGAAAACCAAGAAAACCCCCAAACAAACUUCUGUUGAUGUUAGGAAGAAGAACAUAUCACUCCCCAUGCCAUUAAAAGGGACUUCGGAAAGACUUACUGAAUCUGCAACCUCCCUUCCUCCAGCGAAGAAGGCCAAGACGAAACACAAGGAAUCGGGGUCCCAAGAGAGCCUUGUGAAGUCCAUAAAGGCGGCCGAAGACCCUCAGCCAAAAGACGGUCUCACUACCUUACAGAAAAACAUGAAACAAAAUUUGGAAGGAGCUCGGUUCAGGUUAAUCAAUGAGCUUUUAUACAAGAACGAUAGCAUAGAAGCACAGCGUUUGAUGCUUGAAGAUCCUACAAUGUAUAAUGACUACCAUGUCGGUUUUCGUCAUCAAGUCCAAUCUUGGCCCACGAAUCCUGUGGAUCACUUCAUCUCCAUCUUGGCUAAAUACCCAAAGAAAACAGUUAUCGCUGACCUUGGAUGUGGGGAUGCCGCUAUCGCUCGGAAUCUCGUUCCAGAAGGGAUGUCUGUUUUAUCCUUUGACUUCAAGUCCGAUAACUCGUUUGUCAUUGAAACGGACAUCUGCGGCAAACUUCCCCUUCCUGGGUCAGAGGGAAUUGAUGGACGUCCGUCCCACGGUGAAGGGCAUAUCGUUGAUGUUGUCGUGUUCUCCUUGAGCCUUAUGGGUACUAAUUGGCCCAAGUCUAUUCGUGAAGCAUGGAGAAUACUUAAACCAGAUGGGGAACUCAGGAUAGCUGAAGUUGCUAGUCGAUUUUCUGAUAUGAACAAGUUCAUUGCCUUCAUAUCUUCGAUAGGUUUCCGUCUGAUUAGCAAGGAUCAACAAAACACACAUUUCACGUUAUUUGAAUUCAAAAAGGUCACAAGAAAGUACAGGACUGAAGAGGAAUGGUCAAAGAUUUUGGCACAAGUACAUCUUUUGAAACCCUGCGCGUACAAAAGGCGAUAA